AUGAUAAAUUCUCCAUCUUCUUCGUCAAAAAAGACUCAAGAAGUUUCUCAUGAAGUAUUUAAAAAACUGUUAUCAUUGAAUCGAUUUGCGAGUGAUCCAUCUUUGGUAAAGAAACGAUUUCAAAAUCAAGAAAUUAUAGCCACUCGCAUUUAUAUAAUUUUAUUUACAUUAUGUUUGAUUGUUGCUAUUAUUUAUUAUGGUCCAUUCAGUCAAGAAACAAAAUCUAUUACAAAAAAAUAUCCAACAAUAAAUACUGUCAACGAUCUUCGUGGAAGGAAUCUUUCAAGUCUCUCAUGUCCGUGCUCAAAAGUAGCUAUUCCGUAUUCGCAAAUUGUAUCAAUAAAACCAGAAUAUCAUUCAAUAUGUUCAAGUGAAUAUGUUUCUUCAUCAUAUAUCAUUGAUGUAAGAAAAAAAAAGGAUAAUAUAUCAGCAGCAUUAAGUGCUCAUUAUCGUUUACUGUCCUCAUUAUGCCAAUCAUCUCAUCGUUUUAUUGAAAAUGCUAUAGAAGUGUUUGAUACUUUUGAACUAAUCAGCGUAGAAACAUUAACCCGUUCUUCAUUUGAUAUUCAAAUACAAUCGUUAAUUUCAACAUUUAUUUCUCAAAUUCCAGCUAAUUACCGUCAUACUCUUUCAUUUAUAGUCGGCUCAUUUAGGGUUAAUCAAUUAUUACAUCGUUUCAGAACUAAUUGGCUAAUUGAUUUUACUGAUGAAAAUGAACAAUAUAUAUUGAAAACAUUUACACGCAACUUUUCAUCAUCGAAUUGUAGUUGUGCAAUCUCAUCAAGUUGUAGUGAAUCAUUAAUCGGUGAUAUUGUUACUGGUUGUUUUCCAUAUGAUGGAUUUCGUUUGUCGAAAUUUGAAAAUUUUUCAUUAGAAAAAUUAAAUGAUCAAUUAUUUGUAGAAUCAUGGAAAAAUACUAGUAAUUAUACAAAUUAUUUUGAAACAUGUAGACCAUUACAAUGUCAAUAUAUAUCACCAAAUAGAAAUAAUCCUGUAAUUAUGUUGACAAAUAUUUUGGGAUUGUAUGGAGGUUUAACAUAUAGUUUACGUUUGAUUAUUGGUGAAUCGUUACUUGCUUAUCUAUGGUGGAUACAACACGUAACGAAAAUACCAGAUACAAACGAAAUUAGCUGA